CGACAAGGACGAUGGAGAAUUUCCAAAGGGAAAGAAGAAUUUGGAGCCAAAGAAAUCGGCAACGAAGCCAAAGCAAACGAAGAAAGCACCUACGACAAAGCUAAAAUCCAAGAAGAUGAUGACGAAUAAAAGAUCGAAGAAGCAAAUCGUAGGACUGAAGGCCGAUGCUCCAAAGCCAUUCUCGCGAUCCGGGCCAUUUCGAUUCCUUGACCUCCCGCGGGAGGUUCGGGACAUGGUCUACCAUCAUGUCGUCUUGCCCCCGGUAUCUGAAUACCUAGGCGCCAGACCGAAGAUGCAUUCUUACAUCCGAACAGAACUUGACUAUCCGCCCCUUCGUGUCUCAUCGAAUCGUACCGCCAUUCUCCAGACAUCAAAACAAGUGUGCGAAGAAAGCAAGAAAGUUCUAUAUGAAGAACCUAUCUACCAAGUCGACCUAACCCUGAAACACUGGUGUUUCGAUGUUUUCGAGCCGGAGAUAUACAAUGAUGAUCCGACUGUACUCAGCGGGGGAGAGAAGUACCACGAGCAGUGGGCUGACGAUCGCAACGACACGUGGUUACUUGAUGGUAUGGCCGGAAUCCCUGAGUGGAACCUUAGCGCGAUCCGGAAACUCCACAUUACCAUUAACCUGUGCAGGUACACACAUGCGAAAGACGAGGAAUUCGGCUAUGCGCCAUACCGCAUCUUGGAAAAGAUAUCCGUCCGCGCGCUGCACGGCAUGAAGAACCUGCGGAACUUGCGUAUUUCCAUCAUCCAUGGAUGGCUUCCCCCAGAGCUCCAAGGCUUCUUCCAAGGGAUAACAUAUGCGCCGCUCAAAAUGAGAGAGCUCAUGCGCAAGUUGAUCGGCUCGAUCCCAAAGACUGUUAAGACAGUUCGUUGGGGACUGACCGAGGAAGAGAUUAGGAAGGAGUAUCCGAACCCUCCACGAGCCCAUCGUCACACAGCACCCCCUUCUUCUAUGACUUUUGGCCUUAUAAAUUCUGGCCUUAAGCACACGCAACACGUGCGUGCGGAAGUUCUGAAACCAUUGGUGAAAGAGUUCGAAGUCCUGCGGGGGAUGGACGCAGAGUAUUACUCUACUCCCCUUGAAUCUUAGGAAUCGGACCGGGAGAGCACGACUGAUGGCCAGCGUGGAAUCCUAUAUGGCACUAAUUGGGAUUAUCUUAGGGUAAACUGGAACGACAAAGAAUGCGGCUUGGGAUGGACCCUAAUCUUGUACGUGCACAAAUAUGUACACUUGCUUUCCAUACAGUGGUUUGAAGCCGAGAAUGAGGUAUCAAUGCGAGGGGCGGUGUUUGCA